UAAACAUUGUCGCCAAACAUCUCUCUCUGUGACAAACACAAAACCAUGAAACGUCGAUUCGAAGGCGGACCAGGAGAAUCCGCGGAUGGGGAGAAUCCAAUUCCGGCUCAACCCACAAAGCUCCGAGUCUCGCCAGCCGCGAACUCCUUGACAGCUCGGCAUUCUCACUCUGUAUGUUCGGCUAAGAGAACUCAUUCAACCGCAGAAACGAGAAACGAUCGGAGGAAGUGGGAAAUGGUGAGCGCAGUGGACCCAAUUUCAUGGCAGUUCCCACUCAGAAGUUUGUACUGCCUCAUCAUUAGAACUGUUUCCUUCUGCUCUUCUUCUCGAAACAAGGUCGCAGAUCCACAGGCCAUCAAGAUAAUUUGGUUCAUGCUAAAGUUAUUGAACGUACGAUGGAACCAGUGAUCUUUCAAAAAGCUACCAAAACUUUGCCUACACUGUCCAUCUCUGUUCUCCGCUGUCCGUUACUCUACGAAAACUUUUCCUACACUGUCCUACACUGUCCAUCUCUGUUCUCCGCCACAGUGUAGGAAAAGUUGAUUGUAUUAGUGGUUUGCAUUUAUUUUACUUGAUUGUAUUAGUUGGCACUUGAUUGGGUUUUAGACUGAGAGCGUAAUCUGGUACAAUAGAGCUGAUACUAACAUCUGGUUCUGUCUAGACUCUAAAUCACAUCUUUAUUCGUCACAUUUGAAACUUUGAAUUCUUGAGUUUAUAUAAAUUUUAAUUCUCAUUAGUUAAUGCUUAACAUUUGGCCUUUUGUUUAAAUAAAAUCAUUCCAAUUUUUUGGUGUGUUUUUAGGUGGGAUUUGGGAUAUGGUAUACGUUUGGCCUAUGUGAGUGAUCCCUGCUACAGGAAUGGACCUCUGUUAAAUUUGAUUUUCCUAAGCAUUUUCUUUUGUUUAAUGUCAAAACUAUAUAUAAGCAAGUGUUUAUAUUAGGAGGUUGUAUGUUGACUAAGCUUUAAAGUUAGAAGGUGGAGGUGUCCUUAAGGUUUAAUACAAUAGAUAAGUGGGUUAUAUUUCUCAACUUUUAAAUUUCUCAACUUUUAAAUUGAAUGUACCGCUGAUGUGGGUUUUCGACCUUCUAUUGGAUUUACCACUGGCUAAAAAUUCUAAAGAAAUGCAUGAACUUGGUGGUUCUAAUGAUGUGUUCUGCUGUUAGGGUUGGGUAUUGGCAAUGUGGGUCAGAUCCCAUUUUCUGUGACUCUGCAGGUUUCCGCCUUCAGGAUUUGUGAAACAGGAAAAACGAAUUUUGGGUGUCUGAGUCCAGGGCCAUAAAAACCGAAUCUUUCAACAGAUUUAUAGACCUUUGCAGAGUUAUGAUUAACAGAGACUUCGUGGUGCAGUUUUUGAGUCUGGUUUUGGCUAAAUGUGAACAGUGUAAUACAUUGUUAAGGAGAUACCUUGAAUUUUCCCUUAUCUGGACAGUACUGAAAACAGUAAUGUGAAACCAUCUUAGUUUACGUUCCAUUGUUGGAGGAAACUCUAUACGACCUUUGAUUUGCCAAAUAAUCUGCAUGCUGUGUAUAUGCUUUAUAGUGCAUAUAAGCAUAUCAAUAAUUCUUGGGGAUGGAAGGAGGGUUGUGUGGGUAUGCUAGGAUGAUAGCAUACUUUAUAAGAGUGUUAGCUUCAAAACUGAGUUGCUAUGGUGCUUCUUGGAUUUCAGAACAUUGGCUAUGCUCUAUGGUACACCAGCCUAUACAAUGUUAUAUGGAAUAGGACCAAAAUAUUUACUUUUUGAAAGCGCUAAUGAGCAAGAAAACGGAAAUCUGUUAUUGAAAUGCAAGCAUGUUCAAUUUAAUGUUUGUUAAAAGACCUUUUUUUUUAUUAUGGUUUCUUCGGAGUUUCUUUUUCAUUCAAUGAUGUAAAUAAUUUUCAUCUUAAUUUGUUUGUUU